GAGCUUGAGACGCGGAACGGAGCUUCUUGAUGUCUUCGAUGUUGGGUGUGUAGGUGCUCAUGCAGCGAGGGGUGACAGGCGUGAAGAGAACGCGGCGGGCGACGACGGACGUGGCGCGAUGUAGCAUCUUUUUGUCUGCGAAAUUCGAUUUGUGUCGAGUGGUGGUUUGGCCCCUUCAUUGAAAAGCGUUUUUGAUUGGCUAAAAAGAUGGAAUUUCUACAAGCAGAAGCAUUGCAGAAAAAAGCGCUUCGUUCCAGCAAGAUGGAGCUAUCCACGGUCGACAGCGCGCUGCGCAGUUUGCUUCGCCGUGAGAAUGUCCCUGCGUCGAUUGUCGAAGCUGCCAACGCCCUCAUGGAGAAGCCUCCUUCGGACGUCUUUAUCUCGAUGCUUCCUCGUUUCUUGGCAACGUUGGAUCCACCUCGCUGGGACGUGCUUGCGGUUGGGUUCGUCAUCGCAAGUGCUCAUGCGACGACGUUGGAUGCGCAUGUGGACACAUGGGACCUCGUGGUGGAAAAAUGCCACGCCAAUCUGGAGCACCUUGAGCCCCGUGUGCGACGACUCGUGGGCAAGGCACUCGGGUCGCUAUGUGCCGUGCGAGGCGUUGGCAUCUUUGAGGCAUUUCGCGACGAACUAUUGGACAUUGUCGAGUGCAAUAUCACACGAUCUCCAGAGUUUGAGGAAAUCAACGAAGAAGAGUACUUUUCGUACUUCGACACGUCCAUACCACUCGCGUCGCCCCUAUCGACACCAACAUCGCCCCAUCGCCUCGACGAUAUCUCUGGAUUCAAGAGCCUCGAAACAACCUUGCUCACGUUCAAAUCCAUGGUUCAAGGUCUCGGCCCCGCGUUCUUGACGGCAUUUGAAGCGAACGAGUUCGACUUUUUCCAUUCCAUCAUCGUACGAAGCGUCAAGCACGGAAAUCGCCACGUGCGCAACGUCGGCUUUGAAACUCUGCACGUUCUUCAUAAAUCUGUUCUCUCACCACGGUACAUGCUAAUGUAUCCGGGAAUUGGUCAUGGCAUCGUCGACUGCUUGGUGCGUGGCCUACAGGACCCUUGGAGCGAGGUCCGACUGACGGCCUCCCAAGCCACGCGCUCGUUCCUCCUGUUCUGCGACGCCUGCGACGAACGACCCCUCUUUUACCCGAAGCUUGUGCCGCGCAUGUGCUUGAACCGGCAUUAUGUGGCUGACGGCGUCAAAGCAUACUCUCGCGACACGUGGAUGAAAGUUAUGGGCGAGACUGGCCGCCAUGUAGUGGCGCAGUUCGCCGCCGAAUGCGUUCAGUGCUACGUCGAUGCUACGGAUGCCGACAACCCGUUCGUUCGCGAAGCUGCAUGCAUUUGUAUCGGGGAGCUUGUUGCUCGAGUGGACGCGGCUGCGAUUCGCCCACAUGCACUCGAUUUGCUCCGUGCGGCGCGGAUCUGCCUCCAAGACGAUGUGUUCACAGUCAGUGAUGCUGCAUGUGCCGCAUCAUCGCAAGUUGUUUUGUCUUUUCCUGUGGAAUGCCGCGAUUCGUUGCCGGCGUUGAUGAAAUGGUGGACAGUGCACCUGUCGGACGACGUUUGGAGCGUGCGCGAAGAUGCUGCGGUGGCGCUGGGAAGUCUCUUGCGCGCGUAUCCGACAGAUGAAGUCCUUCGGAAACAAAUAGCUGAUUUGGCGAAGACUUUCCUUGCCAAGGCCAAAGACCAACCUGCAAUGAGUCAAGCAGCGUACGACGCGCUUGUCAAGUCGGAAGUUGCGCACAGCAAUAAGCAACGCUUCUCAUGUUGCUCCUUCGAACCGCGACAACUCAAACGUACCACAGAUCAUGACUUAUGUCAUGGCCAUGACCCUGCUGCCAGCCAUGCGUUAUGGGCGUACACAGACGGCGCAAUUUAUUUGGUUCGAGAAAUGUGUGCAGCCAAGGAGUCUCAAGCGGAUGCGAUUGCGCUCUUCCCAGAUCUCGUGGACGCGUCAAUAUUGCGACACUUUCCCCAGGCGUCUGUCUUGCAAGAAACAUUGUGGAAGCAAUUGCCAGCCAUGGGCGCCGCACUUGGAAAGCCAUUGUUCAAGCGACACAUUGAAUUGUUCUUUGACCCCCUCGCCUUAACACUGCAAGGUACCUUGUCGCAUCAAGGACGGCAUAUCGACUCAUCUUUGGAUCGCAGGAACCCAUCGCCUGGCAAAGUUUGCCGCUGUCGAAUGCACCAAACAGUUAAGUCAGUUGAUCGGCCCAAGCAUCUUCCGCGGUCGCCUUGAAGCCAACAGCAUGUGGAUGGCAGAGAUCGCCCCGUACUUGGAUCCACAGCCUUAGUCCAGUACUUCCACCGCCGCGGUUGCUGCCAAAUGUGCGCAACGUCGUCUGGAGUUGUGUGAGGAGGGUAAAAUUUCGAAUGGAAUUGCGCGCGCAAAUUUUAAAUCAGA